AUGGCGUGACUAAACAAGGAUAGAGGCCUGGGAGGAGGAAGAGGAGGAGACGAGCAGAAGGGCGGCCAAAGCAGGCCGGGCUUUCCGGAGGCGGUGGCGGGCCAUUCCCCACGAGGCUGAACCGCACCCACAACCUCCACCACCUUACCUUUCCCCUCCUCCUCUCCCCCUCCCCUCCCCUCUCCUCUCCCUUCCCACCACGCCCGUCCCCGAGUGUCGGAGGUGAUUCGAAAUGUCGUCCCCCGUGACCCCCACCACCACCUCAACCAGCGUGACCAGCAAAAAAAAGCCCCCCAAAGACGUCAAAGGCGCGCUCAAAGGCGCCGACUUCCACAACUCCGAGCUCACCGGCCCGCGGCCCACGCACAACAUCCCCAGCGGCGGCCUCUUCUCCGCCUACUCGGCCGUCGCCAUCGCCGCCCCGCCGCAAGUAGUCUACGACGCCCUGCUCGACGUCGGCGACUGGAAGCAGUGGAACACGUUCGUGUACAACGUCAAAAUCACCAAGAACCCCAACCCGCACGGCACGGGCCAGCGCUCGCACACGCGCAUGACGGGCGGCACGUGCAUGAUCUUCUACCGCAACAUCUCCUACGACCCGCCGAAGCAGGCCGAGUCGCGCCAGGUCGUCACGCUGGUGGAGAAGCUGAAGUUGGCGAAAGAUGGGCACAAUGCGCCUUGCGUGACGCGCAUCCGCUGGCAGCUCGACAAUGCCGCCAUCUCCACCCCGGGCUUCCUGCUGAAGUGCGAGCGCAUCAACGAGAUUGAAGAGGCGGCGGAUGGCACGACCAUCUAUCGCACAUGGGAGGUCUUUGCCGGCCCACUGGCGCGCACCGUGCGGACCAACUUUGAGCAGAAUUGGAGGUAUAGACUGCAAGACUGGACGCGUGACCUGAAGCAGUGGUGCGAGAAGAAGUACACCCAGGGUGGCGCGGAGCCGACAACAGCGGAGGGGACAGUGGGCAAGUCCGAAGGGGGAUUUGCGGCGCAGACGGCCGUGGGCCAGUAAGGAUAUGGAGCGGCCAAAAUUUGUAAAUUCAUGAUAUCCCUCGCUCUUGGAGCAGCUCAUCUUCUUUCCAAACAUUGAUGUCAUG